AGGUGAGAGGUGCUAGUUGCUGGAGACUCGUUAACAAAGCAGGCUUGUUAGGGUCCGUGCCGGUCAUCCAACACACUUGGGUUUUUACUUAGAUUCAGUUUUUCGUCAUUUCAGCAUUUUUAAUUUUUUCCCCCCGCCAGCGUUGACCUCAAUUCAGCAAAGGCAACUCUCCAUCUGUUUACAACCAUGUUUGAGACCAGCAGCGAUGACUUGUUCCUGCCACCCUACCACGAAGAAGAGAUGGUGGACAACCUGCUGUCCGGUGAGGGGGAGGGAGAAGGCGGCUUGUCGCUGGCUGAAGCCCUGCUGCCCCUGGCCGAGCUCUCCUCGCCGCCCCUCAUCCCCUGGGUCUUCUCCACCCGCUACAAGACGGAGCUGUGCACCAGCUACGCCGCCACGGGCUUCUGCAAGUACGCCGAGCGCUGUCAGUUCGCGCACGGCCUGCAGGAGCUCCACGUGCCCUCCCGCCACCCCAAGUACAAGACGGAGCUGUGUCGCAGCUACCACACGGUCGGCUACUGCCCCUACGGCCUGCGCUGCCUGUUCGUCCACAGCCCCGCGGAGCAGCGGCCGCGCCACCGCCGCCGGAGGAACGUCCCCUGCCGCACCUUUCUCUCCUUCGGGGUGUGUCCAUUCGGCACCCACUGUAACUUCCUGCACGUGGAGGGUGGAAGUGGCGCCGAGGAGGCCCCCGACGGCAGCGAGAAGGCAGCUCGACCCGCUCCUGGCUCCGAGCUCCAAGCCAAAGAAUGGAAGCCACGCGGAGCUCUGUGCCGGACCUUCAGCUCCUUCGGGUUCUGCCUGUACGGCACGCGCUGCCGCUUCCAGCACGGCCUCCCAAACAAGAUGAAAAACAUCGAUAGCAACCCGGGUCAGGGUGGGGCCCUCUCCCCUCUGUUGUCCCCGGGUUCGGAGGCGCUCUCCCCGGUCUCGCCCUUCUCGUCCACCUCGUCCUCAGGCUCUUCCUCUCCUCCGCCGUCCGCCUUGGCCUCCCCGCUCACCACCCCGCCUGUGGAGGCCACCAUGGCCCACAACGCGUUCACCUUCUCCAGCCAGCACCUGAGCGAGGUGCUGCUGCCGCUGGCCCUCCACCUCCAGCAGCUGGAGAGCCGUAAGGCCAUGGCGGCCAGCGCCCAGGACAUCUGGGACAAUCGGGCGCUGUAGCCGGGAGCAGCCCCUGUUGGCACUGGCCACGACUGAAUUAUGUGCUGUAUAUAGUUUUAUAUUUUUCCCCUAAGACAUAGCACCUUUUUUUCCCCCUUGAAGGUUAGCUGGCCUGUCCAUAUUAACUUGCAGGCAGUCUGACCAUGACUUCACUAUUUGUUCUGGACAAGUUGUCUCAGUGCAGCAAUGAGUCAUUUUAAUUUUUUUUUUUUUUAACUGUUGUACAUAUGUAUUUAAGUGUUAUUCUAAUGUCUCUGUAGACCAGACAGUCUGACCGGGUGACUAAAUUUGUUCUAGACAUGUUGUCGCAAUGCCUAAUUAGAACUUUUUGACUUACCCUAACUAUUGUACAUAUCGGUAUUUAAGAUCUGAGUUAUUCUAAUGUCUGGCAUCAGAAUGAUGAAUAAAACUUAACAUUUUUAAACCUGUA